UCUUCUUCUUCUUCUUCUUCUUCUUCCUCCUCCUCCUUCCCUGCAACCUCCUCUGUGCAUGCAUGCGCUUCCUUCCGCCUUACCAACCCCAAGCUGACCUCAUCACGUAACGUAAACGCAUAGCAAUUUGCAUAGAGACGUACGUACUACACAGCAUUGCUUGCUCGCGUCCACGAUGCCAUCUCUGUUUCACAACCGCAGAGCUCUCCACGUACCUUUCUUCCCUUUGCCUUCCGCCUCUCCUCCUGCGGCUUCUCCGUUCCCAAAGUACCCCUUUUCCUCCGCUUCCUCUUCUUCGUCUUCUUCUUCUUCUUCCUCGACCUCGCAGCAGCAGCAGGGUUUCUUUCCGUCGUACCCCGCCCCGCCAAAUACGACGCAGCCCACCUUCCCCGCCAACCUCUCCUCCCUCAUCUUCCCCAGCUCCAGCUCAGCCCCUCCCCGCCACGCCCCCGCCUCCCAGCUCCUCCCCGCCAUCCUCCUCCCCCUGCUCGCCCUCGCCGCACUCGCCGCCGCCGCCGCCUUCUUCAUCCACCGCCGCCUCCGCCCCUCUCGCGGCGAUGACGCUCGAUCCGACUCCCUCCGCCUCUUUCCCCCGUGCUCCGCCGCCUCAGACCGCAAGCCUCCCGCGGCCCCCGACUUCCUCUACCUCGGCACCCUCGUCGACUCCCGUGGACACUACCAUCGCCCCUCCUCCUCCUCUGCGGCUUCCGAACCGGCGCCCCGGUCGCCCCCCCUCCAGAAGGCUGGCUCGCCGGAGCUCCGUCCCCUCGCGCUGCUCUCUCGCCAGGUCCAGCAAGGGUGCGAGAAUGCCGACGGCGGUGGGUCGCCGGCGGAGGAGUUUUACUCGCCCGACGGGCCUUCGAGCCCGGGGAACGCGUCUCCGCCGGCCGAGGCGGGGAAACGCGCGUCCGGGAGCUCGACGCUGAGCACGGGGUCGUACCCGUUGUCUAACUCAGUAUCAUCUCCUUCUCCGUCGUCGCCGACGAUUCCGUCACCGCCCAUCGGGUACAGCCCUGCGCAUUCGAGCGGCAGAUCGCUCAAGAGCAAAUCCGGGAGGGACUUCGUCGUAGGAGGUGUUGGAUUUCAAGAUCCGCUGCAGCCACCACCGCCACCACCACCACCGCCUCCGCUGACUCCUUCACCGCCAAAGCGAAGACCCGCUUCACCUUCUCCACCUUUUUCACCUACGAAGAAGGAAUCCGGUGAAAAAGUGGCAAAUUUGGAUUUCUCGGGCCCGAAGACGCCACCGUUGAGAUUCGGGGGUUUCUCUCGCAACCCAUUCGCUGUUAGUCCUCCACCGCCACAAAGGCAAGCUCCGGCACCACCACCACCUCCUCCGCCACCGCCACCGCCACCGCCAUAUGGAUACUGGGAGAGUCGCAUCAAGAAACCAGUGGAUUUGCAGCCGUCGGAUCUCGUGCUGCCCAAGCUGGGAUCAGUGAAGGAUCCCUCAUCUUUGGAAGAAUCGUCAAAGAAUGUGGUGGGGAAGAGCGAGGAGACCCCUCGGCCAAAGUUGAAGCCUUUGCUCUGGGACAAGGUCCGGGCGAGCUCAGACCGAGCAAUGGUGUGGGAUCAGUUGAAAUCGAGCUCAUUCCAAGUGAACGAGGAGAUGAUCGAGACUCUGUUCAUCAGCAAUGCAACAAACACCGCACCGAAGGAGAUGAAUAGGCGGCAAGUACUUCCAUCUCUGACUCAAGAGAAUAGAGUCCUCGAUCCAAAGAAGUCUCAGAACAUUGCCAUUCUGCUGCGGGCCUUGAAUGUGACUAAGGAGGAAGUAUGUGAAGCUCUGUUGGAAGGUAAUGCAGAUAGCUUGGGAAAUGAAUUGCUGGAGACCUUACUAAAGAUGGCUCCUAGCAAAGAAGAAGAGCUCAAAUUGAGAGAAUACAAAGAUGACUCACCAGUCAAGCUUGGUCCAGCAGAAAAGUUUCUCAGAGCAGUGCUUGAAAUACCAUUCGCAUUUAAGAGGGUGGAUGCCAUGCUUUACAUUGCCAAUUUUGAUUUGGAGAUCAAUUAUCUUAAGAAGUCCUUUGAAACUCUUGAGGCAGCCUGUGAAGAGCUGAGGAGCAGUAGGUUGUUUCUCAAGCUUCUAGAAGCUGUCCUGAAAACUGGGAAUCGCAUGAAUGUUGGCACUAAUCGUGGUGAUGCGCACGCCUUCAAGCUCGACACACUUCUCAAACUAGUAGACAUCAAAGGCACUGAUGGCAAGACUACACUUCUUCACUUUGUUGUCCAGGAGAUCAUAAGAGCAGAAGGCUCUCGCCUUUCUGGCACCAAACAUCUGACAGCCGAAAACCUAAAUACUCUGCAAGACGACCUCGAGUGCAAGAAGCUCGGCCUCCAAGUUGUUGCUGGCCUGGGAGGCGAGCUUAGCAAUGUGAAGAAAGCAGCUGCAAUGGACUCUGAUGUCCUCUGCAGCUAUGUCUCAAAACUUUCUGGAGGAAUUGGUAAGAUAACUGAGGUUAUAAGAUUGAACGAACCGUUGCAGUCAAACGAGAGCUUUCAGAGGUUCAACGAUGCCAUGAAUGGGUUCCUAAAGAAGGCGGAGACUGAGAUCGUAAAACUGCAGGCUCAAGAAAGCUUGGCACUCUCCCUGGUCAGGGAAUUAACCGAGUACUUCCAUGGGGACUCAGCCAAAGAAGAAGCUCAUCCUUUCAGAAUUUUCAUGGUAGUAAGAGACUUCCUGGCCAUUCUUGAUCAGGUAUGCAAGGAGGUAGGAAGGGUAAACGAUCAUAGCUUCAUUACCUCAACUAAACAGCAACCAGCACCUGUAAACCGAACCCUGCCGCCACUGUUCCCAAGAUUACAUGCACUGCGAUCUGAAAGUUCCGACGAAGAAAGCUGACCAACAUUGUCAUAGAUGAUCUUUGUCAGUGCGUCGCCUGGUUAUCAGCUGGUAAAUGCGGCACGACAUAGAUUAGAAGCCAGGUUAUUUAUAUAUAUUUUUUGUACCAGCAGAAUCUUAAUGCAACAGAAUUUUGUGAAUAAUUAUGGCUAUAUAUAUAUAUAUAUACAUAAAUCUAGAUCAUAGAAAGUGGUGGUGGGGAAGAUGGCAUUGUGUAGAAGGAUCUUGUUUGUCAUUGCAUGAUUGUUAUCCAGAAACAUUCAUCUAGUUAGCAGCUCCAGUAUUCUGAUACAUAUUUGCAUCAUGUUGAUGUGUAGCACACACAAUGCCAUGAGUUUAGGCUGCAGACAGUGUAUCACCCACCUGUAUUUAUAUCUCCAAGAUGCUUUAUUGUUAAGCCUGCUUCUUUUCUUA